AUGAAAAAACUAAUUUCUUUAGUGUUUAUUAUAGAAAUAGUCUCAGGCUUAGAAUACUGUUAAUGUUCCAAUUUUACUCAACCUCAAUAUUGUUAAUAAUAUUAAGGGUGCAAUUGGAAUGGAAAAAAUUGUUAUCAGCCUAAUUGUACCGAUAUAGCUAUUUAAUCGAAUUGUAUUGUUCCUUAAUGCGCUUGGUAUUUGAAUAAAUGUCAUGAUGGAUAAUAGUGUAAUUAUUAUACAGAUAAACAAAUUUGCAAUCAAAUAUUUGGAUGUACCGCAAAUGAUGGAUAUUGUCUUCCCUAUGAGGACUGCAAUUAUGCGACAUAAGACAAAUGUAAUGGAAUCACUCCUACAGGAAUAUAAUGUUUUUGGAAUUCAUAAACUUAGAGCUGUCUUAAAUUUUAAACUUGCAAUAGAUUAUCUUUGGAUAAUGAUGAUUGCAAUUCUAUACCCUAUUGUAUUUAAAAGAAGAAAUAAUGUGAGAGUUUGAGUAACUUGAAAUGUUCUGAUAUGGAAAGUUAAUAUGAAUGCAAAAGAAUGGCAUCUUAUGAAUGUUCAUGGAUAAAUGGAAAUUGUUAGUAUAUUGCCUGUUCUACUUACACGACUCCCUCAUCUUGUAGUUUAAAUUCUUGCUUUUGGAAUGGAUCAUCUUGCAUGUAUUGUCCAGUUGAUAACUCUUAUGGAAAUUUAUUAAUCGCUUUAAAUCUCUUUAUUUCAGUAGUAUUAUUCUGA